CAGCGCCCCGGAAGUGCUCUGCGGUUGCUGCUGCAGAGCGGCCUGGAGGUGGGUGGAACUCUUGUGAGCUGGGCGUCCUGAGCUUGCCUCCUCCCGAUCUUCCUCCUCCUCCACCCACUCCCAAGCUCCGCCGCCGCCCGUCGGAUUCCUUCUCUGUUGCUCCGGCGCGGAACCUUCCAGACUGGGGCCAAGGACUCUUCGCUCGAGCUAGCUCAGUGCGGUUUCCGGUGCCCGCGGGGCGGUGGACUCGUGUGCUGUGCAGAUUCUUCUUGAUCCUUUGGUGAGAACUCGGUGAUAUAAGAUGGCCACAAAUAAGCCCAAGGGUCAGAAUUCUUUGGCUUUACACAAAGUCAUCAUGGUGGGCAGUGGUGGUGUUGGCAAGUCCGCCCUGACUCUACAGUUCAUGUAUGAUGAGUUUGUGGAGGACUAUGAGCCUACCAAAGCAGACAGCUACCGGAAAAAGGUAGUGCUGGACGGAGAGGAAGUACAGAUUGAUAUCUUGGAUACAGCUGGGCAGGAGGACUAUGCUGCAAUUAGAGACAACUACUUCCGGAGUGGAGAAGGUUUCCUUUGUGUGUUCUCUAUUACGGAAAUGGAAUCCUUUGCGGCCACAGCUGACUUCAGGGAGCAGAUUUUAAGAGUAAAAGAAGAUGAGAAUGUUCCAUUUCUCCUGGUUGGUAACAAAUCAGAUUUAGAAGAUAAAAGGCAGGUUUCUGUAGAAGAAGCAAAAACCAGAGCUGAUCAGUGGAAUGUUAACUAUGUGGAAACAUCUGCUAAAACACGUGCUAAUGUUGACAAGGUAUUUUUUGAUUUAAUGAGGGAAAUUCGAGCCAGAAAGAUGGAAGAUAGCAAAGAAAAAAAUGGAAAAAAGAAGAGGAAAAGUUUAGCCAAAAGAAUCAGAGAAAGAUGCUGCAUUUUAUAAUCAAAGCCUAAACUCCUUUCUUAUCUUGACCAUACUAAUAAAUAUAAUUUAUAAGCAUUGCCAUUGAAGGCUCAAUUGACUGAAAUUACUUUAACAUUUUGGAAAUUGUGUAUCACUAAAAGCAUGAAUUGGAACUGCACUGAAAGUCAGAUUCACUCAAAACAAAUUAAUGUGGCUUCACCAGGAAGCAAAGUUCAACUUCUUAAUUGCCUACAUUAUCACAGUUCUGAAUGUAAUAUAUAAGCUUGUGUUUUGAGGGCAGUCUUUCUUAAAAUUGUUAAAGGGGUGCGCUGGGAAAGAAGAAUGGGAGGAAAGGCUAUUUUAUAUCAUUUAAAAAUGUCUUGGUUUUCUGCUGCCUUGAAAAUGACAAUUGUGAACAUGAUAGUUGUUAAACUGUACCACUUUUUAAACCAUUAUUAUGCAAAAUAUAGAAGAAAAGUUAUUGGCAUGAUUAUUGAUAUAGUUAAAUUGAGAGUAAUUUAUCUGUGAACCUGCAUUAAUUGCCUGGUGAUUAACUUAGAAAAGUGGUGUAAAUUUGCACAUGGAAAUUUUUGAAUAUGCCUUAAUUUAGGAACUAAAAAAUACCCAGUUACAUAAUUCCAGGUGUGUCCUCACUGGCACAUGGGCCCAUUGCCCCAUGUGUCCUGGUGAGAGAAUAUACCUAGUAAGGAGUAUAACUUUCAUACAGAAGAUUCUGGAGAAGUAACUCUCUGCUAGGAAUUUGUCCAAAUUUCAAAUGUGUGCCAUACUCUGGUUCUUCAGAAUAAGGUUCCAGAGCUCCUGAUUGCUUUUAAUUAACUAUAAACCGUGCUUUAAAAUGAAGGGCCAGCAUAUACUUGUAAGAUAAUUUUAGACUAUAAGGUUUCAACACCAGUUUUGUUUUUUUUAAGAUGCUAGUCCCUGGAAUCCCUUUCUGCAAGUGAUAAGCAUGUGUUAAGUUUUUUAUCUCUUUGGAGCAGGAACAGGAAAAACAUCAACAGUGCUAGUGCAUUUUGCACUAGAAUACUUUGGGGAAGUAUUCAUGCUUGCCACCUGUUAAUUUUUGAGUUCAUACUCAUGAGAUUUAGUUUAGCUCUAUGGAAAUUAUUAGGAGUAUUUGUAAUCUGUGUUCAUAAUGAAUAACACUGUAGCUAUAUUUACCUUCAAGUUAACAUCAAGCAAUCAAACAUGAAUAUAGUGCAGAAAAUAUGUUCGGUGUACACAGGCCAGACAUUAGGCCUGUAUCACCAUUUGGGUGGUGCAGCCACUAGAAGCAUUCUAGCACGCUAUUUUGGAACAUAAUUUCAAUGGGAAAUCCACCACUGACAGAGUUUUGUUUUCUUCUUGGGAAUGGAGCUAAGACCGUUGAUUCAGAGUUUUUCUUUCUCUCUUUCUUUCUUGCUUUUUUGUUGUUGUUGUUGUUGUUCAGUCCUAAUUUCAAUAAGUCAAAGAUGUAUUCAGGCAUUGCAGGUCACAGAUAUGUAUGUAAAGUAAACAAAAAUAGGCUUUUUAGAACCUCAACUCUUUAGAUAAUACACCUGGCUCGUCAUGUUAAAUAUUUGUCCUUAAAGGGUUUGAGAUGUACAUCUUUCAUUUUGUCUUUUUCACAGGCUACACCAUGUGCAGAAUUAAAGGACCAAUGUAACACUGGCUCCACA